AUGUGGUUGUGGGACGCGCUGCUGGCGUUUCUUGCCACGCUAUUCGGGGUUUUCAUCAUCCUGGCUAUUAUCAAGACAGAUAUUCUGUGGGAGAUUGACGCCUACUUGAGAGAAAGGUCAUCACGUCGCAGGCAUAUUCUCAAUAACAGCAUGACUAUAAAAUCAUGGAUCGCCAACAACCAGGAAUUCGACGCAUUCCUACAGCGGGAGGUUUAUCUAUUGGAAAACAGAGAAAUGCUGAAACCAAAGGCAGCCUCAGGUAGCCUCAGUCAGAAUCAAGAGAAGUUAUUAGGGAAGAUUGAAGGGGAGCUCAAGCAAAGAAAGCGGCAUCUGUGGACAACUUGCCAAGGGUUUUCCAAAUUGCAAUCAGGAAUCACUCGGGGGGUCUAUAUUGAAGAGUUCUGCAGACAAAUCAAGACGGCGGAGCAGACGAGGAAAUGGAGUAUAGAUCGACGUGCUUGUCAACUCCGUCAAGACUGCUGUGACCGUGGCUGUGGAUGCUGUAAAAGACCUCGUCGGGCUCCAGGGCAAACCGAAGCCUUUGCAGUUGCGGAUUAGCCACACUGUACAAUUGAGUGUGGCUGUUGUAUUCGAUGGAGGAGGUUUCGCUGAGCUUGAUUGGUGUUGAGUGAGGAUUCGAUUAGAUUGUGAUGAUGGUGCAAUGCGUUUCUGGCUCAAAUAUCAAAUAUUGCUGCUUUCUUUGUUGAAUAGUAUUCUAGCCAUAAAUCUUUUGCAAUAUCGAGCCAUGGAGCUUCAUUGCUUUGGGGAAAUCGUCGAGCUCCGUCUGAAAUGUCAACAGCUCUUUAUUUUUUAAGCAUAAACAAAUUCAUUUCUACUGAUUUAAUCAAUUUCUUAGAGGAAUACUUGCCUUCCAAAUUCCUGCCUCGAAAAGGAACCAGCAGCGAUUGCUUUUUUGAAUAUACAAUGCAGUGCAGGCAGAGGAGGAUGCUCAGGUGCGCCAUGAGACCACGGACAUCUAGGCUGCAUAUGAUUCAUACAACAGGUU